AUGAAACCCGAUGUGAAAGACCGUGAUUAUAUGUACAGGCUUAUUAUAGGGCAACUAUUCUACGAUGGUCAUCAGCAGUUGGCUCUGAAUUUGGCCACUGCAAUCGGAUGCUCAGCCCAGCCGCCGCCGCCUUCCGAUAAAUUAUUUCGACUGGUCUCGAUCGCGAAGCAAUUCGUCGACGACCCUGAUCAGAACAAGGAUUCAGUUUUAUUG